CUCAUCAUCCCCCAUCUACAUUGGAGUGCUCAGACGCAUGCGAUGAUUCCAUCCCCCGGCCUCGACCCCGAGGUCGAGCGGCUCGCGCAGCGCAUCGCGGCCGCGUACGCCCAUCUGCCGCCGGGCGCGACCGGUCCUCGCCUCCUGGUUGCUAUUGCGGGUCGCCCAGGAUCAGGCAAGAGCACGCUCGCCCACCCCCUGGUGGAGCGCGUUAAUGAGCUCAUCGGUGCAUCCCCUGCGCCCGCCGUUUGUGUCGGCAUCGACGGUUGGCACUACUCGCGCGAGCAGCUCGACGCUUUUGCAGACCCAAAGGAAGCACACUGGUGGCGGGGCGCAGCACACACGUUUGACCAGCCGUCAUAUUGUGCCUUCGUGCGGGAGCUUCGGAAACCGACAAGACCUUCAUCCCCAUCCCUCCCAUUCCCGACAUUCGACCAUGCAGCCAAAGACCCGGCGCCUGCGGCAUGCCCGAUCGAGCCGACACACCGCGUUGUCGUCAUCGAGGGCCUGUACACGCUGUACGACGCCGCGGGGUGGCGCGACGCAGCGGCCGCGAUGGAUCUGCGCGUGUGGGUCGAGGUCCCGCGCGACAUCUGCCUCCGGCGCACCCUCCGGCGCAACCUCGCGGCGGGGAUCGUUGCGGACGAGGCGGCCGCCAGAGUCCGCGUCGAAGCCGUCGACAUGGUCAAUGGCGACACUAUUGCGCGCGCGCGCUUCGCGCCCACAGACGAGAUCGCACCCGCCGACCGCCCAGACAUGGCGUAGAGACUAGACCAGCUUGUGCUUGGUAUCAUUGCACGCUGCCGCCCAGACGCCGGCAGCCUAAUGUAGUUUUUUGUUGUGCCGCGCACGUGCCGCACGUGCCGUCGAGCGACUAACGUGGCGUGGAAGCGUUGGCACAUGCCCGCACAGAUGCA